CGCAGCACACAAUAAAUACGUGCUUUCACUGUAAGACUUAAAGGGGUAGUUCGGGAUUUUUGUCUUAAGUGUGGUUAUUUGUAUGUGGUGUUGACAUUUUAUUGUUAUCAACAAUGACUUCGCCGCGCGCGUCGCCGUCUCCGUGGACCAGCCUGGACGCCGGGUACUCGCUCUCAUAUGGAUAACAUGGCUGCCGUUGGGGACAGAAGGGAAAACAAUUUUUUAGCCGUUUAACAAAAGACUCACUUCAGAGAAUAGACCCUCGUUGGAGACUACGAUUUCUUUUGACAGAGAUUAUUCCCUAAGUGUCUCUCUGGUGGUACCAGAAGAAGCUGCCAUGUCGGUGACUGUUCAUGAGAAUCGUAAAUCCCGCACCAGCACAGGCUCCAUGAACAUCUCGCUGUUCCACAAGCCUUCGCAUCCUGACAGUGUCCUGACUCACCUCAACACCAUGAGGAAACAGUGCGUGUUCACUGAUGUCACGCUGUGGGCCGGGGAUCGCUCUUUUCCAUGCCACAGGGCAGUCUUGGCAGCGUGUAGCCGGUAUUUUGAGGCCAUGUUCAGUGGGGGGCUUCGAGAAAGUCUGGACAGUGACGUCAAUUUCAGAGACAGCAUACACCCUGAGAUUCUGGAGCUACUGUUGGACUUUGCCUACUCUUCUCGAGUCAUCAUAAAUGAGGAAAACGCAGAGUCGUUGUUGGAGGCAGCAGACAUGCUGCAGUUUCACGACAUCCGUGAUGCAGCUGCAGAGUUUUUAGAAAAAAAUCUACAUUCAUCCAACUGCUUGGGGAUGAUGCUGCUGUCAGAUGCCCAUCAGUGUAAAAGACUAUACGAGCUGUCAUGGCGGAUGUGUCUGUUACACUAUGAGACGGUAAGAGAAUCUGAAGAUUUCUACAAUCUGUCUAAAGAUAAAUUGCUGGAGUUGAUUCUUAGUGAUGAGCUGGAGAUAGAGGAUGAACAGAUUGUGUUCAACUCUGUAUUGCGAUGGGUUCAAUAUGACUUGGAGGAUCGGCGUCAUCAUUUAUCAGAGCUGCUGAGGGGCAUCAGGCUGGCUCUGCUGCCGUCAGAGUGUUUGUUGGAGGCUGUUGCCUGUGAAGAGUUGAUUAUGGCUGACAAGAGGAGCAGAUCAAUUGUAGAAGAAGCAAUGCAGUGUAAGAAAAAAAUCCUUCAGAACGACGGAGUAGUGACGAGUCCCUUUGCUCGACCUCGUAAAGCAGGACACACCCUGCUUAUUCUUGGUGGCCAGACCUUCAUGUGUGACAAGAUAUACCAGGUUGAUCAUAAAGCAAAGGAGAUUAUACCUAAAGCAGACCUUCCCAGCCCCAGGAAGGAGUUCAGUGCAUGUGCCAUCGGCUGCAAGGUCUAUGUGACAGGAGGAAGAGGAUCAGAGAACGGAGUUUCUAAAGACGUCUGGAUCUAUGACACUGUCCAUGAAGAAUGGUCUAAAGGAGCACCUAUGCUAAUAGCAAGGUUUGGCCAUGGUUCAGCUGAGUUGGAGAACAGUCUGUAUGUUGUUGGUGGUCAUACAGCCAUAGCUGGAGUUUUUCCAGCCUCUCCAUCUGUCUCCCUAAAACAGGUGGAGAGGUACGAUCCUCUCACUAAUAAAUGGACCAUGAUGGCUCCUCUAAGAGAUGGAGUCAGUAAUGCAGCUGUGGUCAGUGCCAAACUCAAACUCUUUGUUUUUGGAGGGUCCACCAUACACCGGGACAAAGCCUCUAAGGUCCAGUGCUAUGACCCUGUAGGUAACCGCUGGACUAUUGCAGCUGAAUGCCCUCAGCCAUGGCGCUACACGGCAGCUGCUGUCGUAGGGAGCCAGAUCUUCAUCAUGGGUGGCGACACAGAAUUCACAGCUGCCUCUGCGUAUCGCUUUGACUGUGAAAACAAUCAGUGGACCCGCGUUGGUGACAUGACAUCCAAGCGGAUGAGCUGUCACGCCGUGGCCUCGGGAAAUAAACUGUAUGUGGUUGGAGGAUAUUUUGGAACGCAGCGUUGUAAAACGUUAGACUGUUAUGACCCCACAUCAGACAGUUGGAACUCCAUCACCACAGUGCCUUAUUCACUGAUCCCCACUGCCUUUGUCAGCACCUGGAAACACCUACCUGCCUAAUGGGGACUGAACAGACGCCCUCUCCUAGGCAGGGAUGUCCCCAGAAAGAGGUGGAGAGUCUCUUGAGACUCCACCCAGCUGGAGCUGCACACAGGACCAAUCUCUGCAAGAACUAGCUGCACCUCAUGAAUUGUAAAUCAGUCCUGAUCGCUGGAGCCAACAGCACACUGCCCAAGUGUUAACACAAAGAACUAAUUUCUCUGGAUAUCAUGCUUCUUGAGUUUGGAGGUAGUAUUCAAACUGACACUGACAUGUCUUAUUUGUCCUCCACUUAACCAUUCCAGUGUAAAGACAGAAGCUGUCCUCACAAGAAUGAAACUCAGUAUCAAAGCAGGACCACAGUUACACUGACCCUAAAUCUUGGGUGCACACUCACUGCUGUUGACAUAAUGUCUAAUGAGAGUGAAACAGAAACUUUAUCUGUAGUGUUAAGAAGUGGAGCAUUUUCAAGUAAGUUAGUUUACACUGAGAUUACGAUUGGCUCAUAAGCAUUUUAUAUCAAACCUUUUUAGAAAUUUUUUUUAAUCUAGUGCUUGCUCUGCUCUCAGAGUUGCAUGACAUUUUCUGUCGUAUUAAUUGUUUGUUUUUUAAAAAUAAUCUCUCCGGCUCUUGUAUCAUUGAGCCUGCGCUUGUUUCAUACACAUUUAAAUGAUAACAGACUCCUUUUGAGGCCAAUUUAGAAGAGAAAAGAAACAGUUGUAAUACUGAAAGCUCCACAUAGAGCUUCAUAAACCAACUGAUGAAAGUGGUUUGAUCAUACGCGUUGCAAAAAUGUUACAGACUGGACUCGAGAAAUUUGAUUGAAUUAAUGGCAAACUAAAUUAGUAAAGACAUGCAACUCGAUUUAGCAGCAAUGACCUGUGACCCCCUACCCACCCCCCCCCCCCCCCCCUUUUCCUGAAUCAGCAUCACCAUUAGCACUGCACUGAAUACCAAAGGAUAAUUUAAUGUGGCUUCAGACAAUAUGAAGUGUUGAACUAAAAUAUUUGCUGCCAAGUGCAGGUACAUUUUGGAUUUGAUAAGUUUUUAAACUUAUUAAAGAAAUCUAAAAAAAAAAAAGAAAGAAAAUAUUGUAGAAUCAGAAAUACUAAAUGAAGAUCAAAUGCACAAAUGCAAAUAAUAUGCUUUUAAAAAUGGCUUAUGAUUUACGUACAUUUAAUACAUUACUUUGUUGUUAAAAUUGACCACAGUAUGACUUGUAAAGGACAUGGGACUUGAUAUUCAGGUCUUAGCAGAGACUGGAGUCUUCCUUGUGACUUGGUCGCACGUCUGCUAAAUAGUCAUAACACAGUAGUCCUUAAAUGUAGCCUAUCUGUGUUGGUUAGUGUUUAGCUCUGAUUUAAUAAUCAGGUGGAAACAUCAGACAACAAAGUGUACAGUAGACUACACAAUUAUAUUAUCUAUGAUCUGAUCCAGAGUUAUCCAGAGUACUGACGUUCAAAACAUUUCACACACCAAUUGUAUUUGCAAUAGCUUUUUUUCUGGACCAAAUGGUAAACACGGUGACAUGAAAUUGGAGUAUUUCAAUCUCUAUUUAAAAGCUCUAAAACAUAACCCAGUCCUGUGAUGCACUUUUGUACAUUGUUUUUGUUUCCUGAAAACCACAGAUUGGUGUGUGAGCACACUUAUCCAAAAUGAGGUUAUUUUACUUGUCCACAUAAUUAUGUGCAUAUCAAUGUGGUUUUGUUUGUCACAAAAAGUGUAAAAUAAAAAGAAGCACCCUGGUCCUCGAAUUUUCAAAGUUGAGCACAAUUAAAUCACAACAUAAGAACCAUGCAGACUGCGAUCAGUGCAGAGAAGCGUCUGACACCUCAGCUGAUCUGACUGUUUGUGUUGCUGUCAUGUGCCAUCAGCGAACCAACCCGUCCGCUAAACAAACAGCUGAGGGGGGAAAAACGGUUUAUAUAAACAAUGGAAACUGUCCAGCACUACCACUAUCACAGUUGUUUCCACUGAGUAAAGCAGAAACGCAGCAUCAUCACAAUGAGUAAAGUGGCUCUUUAGUUUGGCCUGGGCUUUGUGUUUCCGUUAAUGCAUUUAAGUGCAAAAUGGUGUGUAAGUGCAUACAUGUUCCAUCUGUUGUUUACAGGACAGCCUGCUGUAACUUAUCACUGCUACUCAACAAGAGUGUCUGUAAAUUCUACAUUGUUUUACAUUCAAGCAUCAGUUAAUACAAGCAUUUUCAUAAUUAAGAUGAAAAUAUGCAAUUAAUCUCGAUUGAUCACCGCGACACUGUAACAUUUCUCAUAGUUUUGCAGAAAAGUAACCAGGCUGCCACAGCGAUUUAUACAGACUUUUUCCAGUAACUUGCACAAAGUUUUAAAUGCUUUUGGAAGCACUGUUGUGGGAAAUAUUGAUGAGAAGAGGAAUAAAGAGUCUUUUAGUCAGAAGGAGGCUUUCUUCUUUUAAUAAGCAGAGAAGGUUGUUUACAAAUAAUUACUUCGGAGGAGGAACAUGGGCUUAACGCUGUGAUUCGAUGUUCCCCACUACAAAAACACAGUCACUCAAGUACAUUAACAUGGUAGGGUGGGUGUGGCUGUGUAAAGCUACUUCAGUUAUGAGAUAAGAAGGUGUCGGCACUCUUGACGUCUGCCUUGAAACCACCUCAGACGAACUCUGACCAGCACAGAAAACAUGCAUUAAUCUGAAAACAUAUUAUGAUGCAAGAACACAGCAUGGUACGCCCCCCUAUUCAUGAUGCAUUCUCCCACAUUAAGCGUUAUCUGAGCAUUUAAUGAGGACACACGUGUAACAGGGUUUCAUGGUGUGUAUCAGAAAGCGGUAACAGUUGUGGCACUAACUUUUUAAUGAACCAAUACAGUAUGAAUACUGUACACUGCCACGAUAUAACAAAGUAGCACAAAGACGGGUGGAUUAGUAGUGGUAGAUUGAUGUGAUCAUGCACGAUAUUUGUUGGCGUCCUUUGCAAAUUGUUCUGUAAAGUUUUUACCGUUGCUAUGAAAUGUUCCCGAAACUGCACAAAGGAGAUCCUCUGAAAUACGAGACGUUGAUUAUUUUGUAAAUUUUAAAGAAAAGCAAAUGUAUGUUUGUAAUGGUGAGAAUAAAAGUGACUUUUUAAAUUC